AUGGAUCGGACACUUCUGUCAACCCCCAAUAUCAACAUACACAGCCACACAUUGGGAUCGAACACUUCUCGUGACCUGCGCACUGUUAAUUUUAUCAAACUUUCUAUUUUGUCCGUUGACAUCCAUCCUGAUGGAUCCAGGUUUGCAACAGGAGGACAAGGUGGAGAUUCUGGAAGAAUUGUUAUUUGGAAUAUGGCUCCAGUUGUUAGUCCAGAAAUUGAAAAUGAUGAAAAUAUACCGAAAAUGUUGUGCCAAAUGGAUAAUCACCUAGCAUGUGUGAAUUGUGUCCGGUGGAGUUUCUCAGGAAAAUUUUUGGCAUCUGGUGGUGAUGACAAGCUUAUAAUGAUAUGGAAAAUUAGUAAAUACACAGGUGCAACAAAUGUUUUUGGAAGUGUUGGGAAAGUAAAUGUUGAGAGUUGGCAUUGCUGCAUGACUUUGCGUGGACAUAAUGGUGAUGUCCUGGAUAUGGCAUGGUCUCCACAUGAUGCGUAGCUUGCGUCUUGUUCUGUUGACAUCACAGUGAUUGUGUGGAAUGCUCUUAAGAUGCCAGAAAUGGUAGCAGUACUGAAAGGUCAUUCUGGACUAGUGAAGGGUGUUGCAUGGGAUCCUGUAGGCAAAUAUAUGGCUUCACAAUCUGAUGACAAGACAUUGAGGGUUUGGAGAACAGCAGACUGGAAAGAGGAUUCAGUCAUCACUGAACCAUUUGAAGAGUGUGGAGGUACAACACAUGUCUUGAGGCUCAGCUGGUCACCAGAUGGUCAAUACUUAGUAUCAGCAUACGCCAUGAACGGUGGAGGUCCCACUGCUCAAAUUGUUGAACGUGAGGGAUGGCGGAAAGAUAAGGAUUUUGUUGGACACCGAAAGGCUGUCACAUGCGUUCACUUCAAUUCCAACAUUCUGCAGAAACAAUAUCGUUCUUCAUCGAAGCCUCAGCAGUACUACUGUUGUGCAAUUGGUUCUCGAGAUCGAUCGUUAUCAGUAUGGCUUACAGCACUCAAACGACCUCUUGUUAUGUUGCACGAGUUGUUUACUAAUUCUGUGCUUGAUCUGUCAUGGAGCUGUACAGGUCUGCAGUUGAUGGCUUGUUCAUGGGAUGGAACUGCUGCUUUUGUAGAGUUCUCAGAAGAUGAACUUGGGAAGCCACUUACAAUGGAAGAGAAGACAAUGCUUCAUGAGCGCAUGUAUGGCAAGUCACUAUCAGCUGCCGGUGGUGCAGGUGCAUGUGUGGUGGAGACACCAGAGUUGCUUGCUGUCCGGGAGAAGGCAGAAAAAGCUGCAGCAGAGAAAGCGGCAGCAGACGCUUGGCAGACUAACGGAUCACUGGAACGGCCAGCUGCUUCUGUAUCCCAGCCUUCAACACCUCUUAAGGGCCCCAUCAAUUAACAGAUAGAGACUCGUACUUCAGAUGGAAAGAGAAGAAUAACACCUAUGUACAUACCUCCUGCACCAGAUGCUUGGGAUGGGCCUCGCCCUUUUGGGUUGGCAAUUACUGGUAGUGUACACCAGCCAACAUUUAGCAGUUCCUCUGAGACCAAAAGUUGUAUUAUGAUUGAAAAACGGGAUGAUGUGGUGCGGCCAAAUGUUAGUAGCAGUGGAGGAACUCCUGGUUCUAGCAAAUCUUGUGAUGGCACACCAAGCCCUGCUGGAAGUGCACCUGUCAAAGGUGUUCAGGCAGAUAAUAGCCUAGCUGGAACCCAAGUAGUUAUCGGAGUAACUGACAACAAGCAUCGCUCAACAAGCAAUGCAGAAAUGAAACUGCAGCUGCAGAAAGUAGAAUGCAGUGCACCAGUUGCAGCAAAGAGACGGCUGGAUAGGGAGCCAUUGGGAGGGAAGGGGAAGCGGAUGCGUCUGUUACCACCAGCUGAUAGCAAACCAGCACCACAACCAGUGCCACCUCCUGCCCCUGCAGCCUCUGAGCAUCCGGCUCUGUCACUGCCUGUUCUUCGGCUAUCAAAGUCGGCAUCUGUACCACUGUUGGGAGGGCGUAAACGAUUAGAAGUAUCGAACGGUGCUCUCAACACUCCACAUGGUCCACUGACACGGGUCUGUGUGUGCAGUGUAGCAGACACUGAACAGCCACCAGACUGGGAGGCUGUGUUGGGUUCUCCGGCAGCUGGAGUAGCUGCCAAUAACCAAGUUAUUGCUAUUGCGUGCCAAGAUGCUAUGCUCCAUUUGCUUACCAGCUCGGUUGGUCAACGACCAUUCCCACCUCUCGUGCUGUCAGCGGCUCCAUCCCGUUUGGUACUUUCAGGGCUUCAGCAUGUUAUGUUUAUCACAAGCAAUGGCUGCAUUAGUGUAUGGGACUUUGAGAAAAGCCGUUGCCUCAUCAAGAAUGAAUCGCUGAUGCCUAUUAUGCGUUCUGAACCAGGCUCUGUUGUCACAAUUUUGAGUUGUACAGUAACAGAGAAAGGCUGCCCUAUAAUAUCACUAUCAACAGGAAAAGCAUUCAUGUUAUCCAGUGAUCUAAGUUGCUGGUUAUUAAUGGGUGACAGCUUAGAUGCAGUCCAGCGCUCUUGUGCUCAGCGUGCAUUCACUCAGCUCCUGCCACAAGAAAACAAAUUGCUUCCACUUGCUUCUUUGCAGUCUCACAUUAAAGGGAUUUCGUCUACAGCAAGUCGCCUUCUUAAUGGAGCAAAAGUUGGGCCUCUAUGCACAAUAACCUUUCUGGAACAACUACUUUCAGCAUGUGUUGCACUCAAUUCAACGAAGGAGUACCACAGUUGGUUGAUGUGUCUUGUCAGGUUUCUCAUUCAAGAAGGUCUGGAGUCCAAAUUACGGCUAAUCUGUAAUGAUCUGCUGGGUCCCACACACAGCCAUUCAAAUCAAAGCAAAUCUUGGGAAAACACAAUUAUGGGGUUUUCAAAGCACGUUUUGCUAAGAGAGAUACUUUCUCUGAUGGGCACGAAUCUCAGAUUGCAGAGACUUCUUGUUGAAUAUAGUGACCAGCUCACACAAUUAGAACAAUCUGCUCAGUUAUUUAAUGGAAUGGAAAAUCAGUGA